GGCCGGGAUCUAUGAUGACGUAGAGGUGCAAACAGGAAGUAAUAACAGCACGCUUCAUGUUUCCUCCACACGUUUCAGCUGCUGGCGCCAGUGUUCCUCUUCAUACAUGCUGAUUGUGUCGUAGAGGCUGCUGUCUGAGCGUCUCCAUGAUGGCGGAGCGGCUGAGCUUCAGGAACAUCACGGCUCUGGCUCCGAUGGUUCGGGUCGGCACGCUCCCCAUGAGGCUGCUGGCGCUGGAUUACGGAGCUGACGUGGUUUAUUGUGAGGAGUUAAUCGACAUCAAAAUGGCCCAGUGUGAGAGGGUGGUGAACGAGGUGCUGCACACGGUGGAUUUUGUCGCUCCAGAUGAACGAGUGAUGUUCAGGACGUGUGAAAAAGAGAAGGAGAGAGUCGUCUUCCAGAUGGGAACUGCUGACCCGGACAGAGCGCUGAUUGUUGCCAAACUUGUGGAGAAGGAUGUGGCCGCCAUCGAUGUGAAUAUGGGAUGUCCCAAAGAAUACUCCACUAAG